UGUGCGAGUGUCGCUGUCGCCGGCGGGCGGGUGAGCCCAGCGUUGCCGCGGUGACCGCGGGCCUGAGCGAAGGCCGGGGACUCGCUCGCUCACUCGGCGCCGGGGACAAGGCGGCUGCACCUGCGUUGCCGACAGCCGGACCGCAGUCAUGGUGGAGGAGGUGCAGAAACAUUCGGUACACACGCUGGUAUUCAGAUCUCUAAAAAGAACUCAUGACAUGUUUGUUAGUGAUCAUGCCAAGCCUAUUUCAGCAGAUGAAAAAAGUUACAAGCUCAAGAUGAAUGUGAAGCUACAAACAGAAUACAGUCCUGUACUUCACAUGCCUAUACUUAAAGAAAUCAAAGAAAAAUGCGCUCAGUCCUAUAACCAUGGGCAUUAUACCAUCAAUCAAGGUCAGGAACCCGAAUACGUGAUAACUGGUACUCAUCCGUACCCUUCAGGUCCAGGAGUGGCACUGACAGCAGAUACACAGGUGCAGAAAAUGCCAAGUGAAGCAAGCAGUCGUGCGUUGGCUUUGAUAGUUCCACCUUCAAAAGCCAGGUACGUUUAUCGUUUAAGAAAUCUGAGGACUUUAAAUGGCUUUUCUUUAGUAAUGCAAUCCUGGCAUGAAAAUGCUUUACAUAUUUUUAUUGUUUCUAAUCUUGAGUCUUGCAUUAUUCUGCAGGUCAUCAGUGGGCAUUUGGGCUGGGUGAGAUGUCUAGCGGUGGAACCUGGAAAUCAAUGGUUUGUAACGGGCUCUGCUGAUAGAACUAUUAAGAUCUGGGAUCUAGCCAGUGGUAAACUGAAGCUAUCAUUGACUGGGCACAUCAGCACUGUUCGCGGGGUGGCAGUCAGUUCACGCAGCCCAUAUCUUUUUUCCUGUGGAGAGGAUAAGCAGGUGAAGUGCUGGGAUCUGGAAUAUAACAAGGUUAUUCGUCAUUAUCAUGGACAUUUAAGUGCAGUGUAUGGGUUAGAUUUACAUCCGACUAUCGAUGUCUUGAUAACUUGUGGCAGAGAUUCAACAGCCAGGGUAUGGGACAUACGGACUAAAGCAAAUGUACAUACGCUAUCAGGGCACACGAAUACUGUAGCAACUGUGAAAUGCCAGGCUGGAGAACCACAAAUUAUUACAGGAAGCCAUGACACAACUAUCCGGCUCUGGGAUUUGGUAGCAGGGAAAACUAGAGUCACGUUAACCAACCAUAAGAAGUCUGUUCGUUCUCUAAUUCUGCAUCCAAGACAGUAUACCUUUGCUUCUGGUUCUCCAGAUAAUAUAAAACAGUGGAAGUGUCCAGAUGGAGUUUUUAUUCAGAACCUACCUGGCCACAAUGCUAUCAUCAACACACUUUCUGUCAACUCAGAUGGCGUACUAGUAUCUGGAGCGGACAAUGGAACUAUGCACCUUUGGGAUUGGAGAACUGGAUACAACUUUCAGCGAAUACAUGCUGCCGUGCAGCCAGGCUCCUUGGACAGUGAAUCAGGGAUUUUUGCAUGUACCUUUGACCAGUCGGAAAGCAGAUUACUUACAGCAGAAGCUGACAAAACAAUCAAAGUCUACAAGGAAGAUGACAUGGCUACUGAAGAAACUCAUCCUGUCAACUGGAAACCAGAGAUCAUCAAAAGGAAAAGAUUCUAAGUGACUUUCACUUGCAAUUCGUAACUGCCAGAAUGCUGUAUUUUAAUACGUAUAUUUUUUACCAGUUAUCUGCUGUACCUCCCCAUCCUCCCUCACCCCUCCCUAGAGCUAAGAAGGCCACAUUUCUCUUACACCAGCAGUGUCACUUCGCAAUUUGUUGCCAGUCCAAUGGCUAAAUUCGGUUUUUUUAAUUUCUAUUUUGCAAUUUUCCUGCAUGGCACUGUCAUAAGAUAACAUCCUGACAAUUUGUGGUACAAUAUUAAUGUGGUUUCUUAAAGUUUUUUUUAAUUCUUGCUUUUUUGUUCCCAACUGAUGUAGUUUAUCUGGUUUUACAUUACAUUUCUACAAUAAAUUGUGAAAAUGCGUGACAAU